UAUACAUCUUUUGGAUUUUAGAUCUAAUUCUUCUACAAAUCAUUUGAGCAUUCUUUCUGAGAGAGAACCUUAGAAUUGCACAAUGGGUGAUUUCCUACGGACUUUUGCUGUGGAAGAAAUGUUGAAGAAGGUGUUGAAGGUUGCAGGGGAGCAAAUUGGCCUUGCAUGGGGCUUCCAGAAACAUCUCUCCAAGCUCCAAAAAUGGCUACUCAAGGCUGAAGCUUUCUUACGCGAUAUCAACAUGAGAAAAUUACAUCAUGAUUCUGUGAGGAUGUGGGUGGACGAUCUUCGACAUCUUGUUUAUCAAGCCGAUGAUCUAUUAGACGAAAUUGUUUAUGAACAUCUUCGACAAAAGUUCCAUACAAGAAAAAUGAAGAAGGUAUGCGAUUUCUUUUCUCCUUCUAGCAAUGCUUUCAUCUUUCGUUGUAACAUGGCGAAAAGAAUGAUGACUCUUGUAGAAUUGUUAGAAAAGCAUUACAAUGAGGCUUCUCCUUUAGGACUAGUGGUGAAUGAAAAUGCAAGACCAGAGAUCGAUGUUAUUAGUCAAUAUCGAGAGACAAUUUCAGAACUCGAAGAUCAUAAGAUUGUGGGGAGGGAUGUUGAAGUUGAAAGUAUAGUGAAACAAGUGAUUGAUGCUAGCAAUAAUCAACUUACAUCUAUCCUACCCAUUGUUGGUAUGGGUGGAUUAGGAAAAACAACUUUGGCAAAGUUAGUUUUCAACCAUGAGUUGGUUAGACAACAUUUUGAUAAAACUGUAUGGGUAUGUGUCUCUGAACCAUUUAUUGUCAACAAGAUUUUGUUAGAUAUUUUACAAAAUCUAAAAGGUGGCACUUCUAAUGGAGGGGAUAGUAAGGAGGUUUUACUUCGUGAACUCCAAAAAGAGAUGCUUGGCCAAACAUAUUUUCUUGUGUUUGACGAUGUUUGGAACGAAAAUUAUUUUCCAUGAGAUGAAUUGAAAUAUUGUUUGCUCAAGAUGAUAGGAAACUCUAAGAAUAGUAUUGUUGUGACUACAAGGAUCGUUGAAGUUGCAAAAAUCAUGUGAAGAUGUUCUGGUCAUCUUUUAAGUAAAUUAUCUGAUGAUCAAUGUUGGU